UAAAUUAAAAAAAAAAAACUAAUGAUUUGAGUGCUACACAGAUACAUACACCAUGUGUGUGUGUAUAUGUAUACAUGCGAAGAUAUAUAAGUGACUGAGCAAAUAGAUCUGAAAAAGAGCUGUCAUCUUAAUAACACGGCGGGAAACGGAAAACCCCCUUUUCUUCUCCCUCCAAAAGAAAAGAAUCUGUUUUUGUUACUCCUUUCCCCCGAUUUCGAUUUCUGAACCCUAAUUUCUGCUAGCAAUUUUUUUUUGGGGCUACAGUGAUAGAGAGCGAGAGCAAGGUGUCUCCUUUCGAAGCGCUUGUUCUUUCUCCCUCCGAUUAAUCUCCAUGGCGUGUGUUUCGAGUGAAACCCAGAUCGAAAUCGACGCCCACGACCUCGUGGAAGGUAGCGGCGUGUACUCCGUUCCCUCGUCGCCAUUGUGCUGUAUUAGUGCCGUCGGUUCCCACAGUCUCAUGUCCAAGAAGGUCAAGGCCCAGAAGCUUCCGAUGAUUGAGCAAUUCGAGGUCGAAGGUAGCGGCGUGAGCGCCAGCGCCGAUUGUCGUCGCCCAGAUGAUUACAAGCUGCGGAAUCACCGUCCCGAGAUUGUUCGCGUCUACUGUCGCCGCCGUAAGAGGCCGCCGCGGCGGGAAUCUUCCGUGGUGUCGGUGGAAGCUCGGAGCAGUGAAAGUUUGAAGCUUGAUGAUGCAGACGCUUGGUUUGAGGAGAAGAAGGUGAAGAAAAGGAGGACUGGUAAUUGCGAGUUGGAGAAAUUGGGUGUGGAUUCGAUUAGUUUAGCGAGUUUUACUGGUCCGGGAUUGAGGGGUUGCAGACUCAACGAUGCGCUUAGUGGGAAUAAGCAAAAUGGGUCAUCCCGAAGGAAAAUGCGCUCUGUCAAGAAUCAGGACAAGGUGUCUCUGCCUUCUGCUUCAGCUAAGAGAUGGGUCAGGUUGAGUUAUGAUGAUGUAGAUCCUAAAAGUUUCAUAGGGCUGCAAUGCAAGGCAAGUGUGUUUUGGCCGCUGGACGCUGUGUGGUACACGGGUUCUAUUGUUGAAUACAGUUUAGAGAAAAAACGUCACAUUGUUAAAUAUGAGGAUGGGUAUGAAGAGCAUAUGGUUCUUAAUCGUGAAAUGAUCAAAUUUUUCGUUUCUCGUGAGGAGAUGGAGCUGUUAGAUCUGAAGUUUUGUACUAACGAUGUGAGUGUUGGUGCCCAUGAUUACGACGAGAUGGUUGUAUUGGCAGCUACUUUGGAGGGAUGUCAAGAUUUUGAGCCUGGAGACAUUAUAUGGGCGAAACUAGCUGGUCAUGCUAUGUGGCCAGCAGUUGUCGUGGACGAAUCUGUUAUCGGAGAGCGGAAAGGUCUAAACAACAAGGUAUCUGGAGGAAGAUCGGUCUUGGUACAAUUUUUUGGCACCCAUGAUUUUGCUAGAAUAAAUGGAAAGCAAGCAAUCUCAUUUAUCAAAGGGCUUCUCUCGCGAUCUCACUUGAAGUGCAAACAACCUCGGUUUGAAGAGGGCAUGCAGGAAGCAAAAAUCUAUCUGAAGGAACAUAGGCUUCCAGAAAGAAUGAGUCAACUUCAAAAGGGAGCUGAUUCCGAGUAUUCCGAAAGGACCAAUUGUACAGAAGAGGGCAGCUCAAACUCGGGUGGUGAUCACUUUAAUGAUGGGGAAGUGUGGUUAAGACCCUCAGAAGUUGUAGAUUUCCGGUAUACAAUAGGGGAUCUGCGAAUAAUAAAUCUUGGUAAGGCUUGGAACCUUUUAAGAAAGAUUGUGACAGACUCUCAGUUUUUUAAGGAUGAUAAUCAUAUUUGGCCUGAAGGGUAUACGGCUAUGAGAAAGUUCACAUCAAUAAAAGAUCACAUUGCAUCUGCCUUCUACAAGAUGGAAGUGCUAAGAGAUCCCGAGUCCAAGACUCGCCCUCUGUUUAGAGUGACUGCAGAUAGUGGAGAGCAGUUCAAAGGGCCUACUCCUUCGGCUUGCUGGAAUAAAAUAUAUAACAGGAUAAGAAAGGUCCAGAGUGCGACUGAUGGUCCUAAUGUUUUGGGGGAAGAACAAAAUGGAUCUGGUGCAGACAUGUUUGGACUCUCCGACCCGGAAGUCAUUAAACUUGUACAGGGUUUAUCAAAUUCCAGACUAUCCUCCAAUGUUUCUAUGUGCAAAUAUGGUUUGAAAAAGCAUAAAGAUCAUCCUACUGGUUAUCGACCUGUUCGUGUUGACUGGAAAGAUCUCGACAAGUGCAAUGUCUGCCACAUGGAUGAGGAGUAUGAGAACAAUUUGUUCCUGCAAUGUGAUAAAUGUAGAAUGAUGGUCCAUGCUGGAUGCUAUGGAGAGCUAGAACCCUGUGAUGGUGCUUUGUGGUUAUGCAUCUUAUGUCGUCCUGGUGCUCCUGAUAUACCUCCACGGUGUUGUCUUUGUCCUGUAGUAGGGGGUGCUAUGAAGCCGACAACUGAUGGGCGCUGGGCUCAUCUAGCUUGUGCUAUAUGGAUCCCAGAAACAUGUUUAUCUGAUGUCAAAAAGAUGGAACCGAUUGAUGGGGUGAAUAAAGUCAGUAAGGAUCGCUGGAAAUUACUGUGCACCAUCUGUGGAGUAUCUUAUGGAGCUUGUAUCCAAUGUUCAAACAAUUCCUGUCGCGUGGCAUAUCAUCCACUCUGCGCGAGAGCUGCUGGUCUCUGUGUUGAGCUUGAGAGUGAGGAUAGACAUUUUCUCCUAUCAGCGGAGGAUGAAGAAGCAGAUCAGUGUAUCCGCAUGCUUUCGUUCUGUAAGAGGCAUCGACAAACAUCAAUUGCCUGCCUAGAAUCAAAUAAAAUGAUCAAACCCACUACUCAUAAAACUUCUGAGUAUCUCCCACCACCUAAUCCAUCUGGUUGUGCUCGUACUGAGCCUUAUAAUUGUCUUGGAAGAAGAGGGCGGAAGGAACCUGAAGCUCUUGCGGCUGCUUCUACGAAGCGGUUAUUUGUUGAGAAUCAGCCAUAUGUUAUCGGUGGUUACUCUCGAAAUGGGCUUUCAACCUAUGAAGGCAUUGACGGAUCAAAGGUGUCACAGAUGAACACUCCAACCAGCAUCCUUUCUAUGGCUGAGAAAUAUAGAUACAUGAAGGAAACAUACAAGAAGAGAUUAGCAUUUGGGAAAUCAGGAAUUCAUGGUUUUGGCAUAUUUGCAAAGCUUCCGCACAAGGCCGGAGAUAUGGUGAUUGAAUACACUGGAGAACUUGUUAGACCUUCCAUAGCUGACAAAAGAGAACAUCGUAUCUACAAUUCAAUGGUGGGUGCGGGGACUUAUAUGUUUAGAAUUGAUAAUGAGCGAGUCAUAGAUGCUACAAGGGCAGGAAGCAUUGCUCACCUGAUCAAUCACUCCUGUGUGCCAAAUUGCUAUUCGAGAGUCAUCAGUGUUAAUGGAGAUGAACACAUUAUCAUCUUUGCAAAGAGGGAUGUCGCUAAAUGGGAGGAGCUGACUUAUGACUAUAGGUUCUUUUCAACCGAUGAGCGUCUUUCAUGUUCAUGUGGCUUCCCAGGGUGUCGAGGUGUUGUUAAUGACACAGAAGCAGAAGAACAACAGUUAAAAUUCUGUGUUCCUCGUUCUGAUCUAAUAGACUGGAUUGAAAAAUAGUAACGAUCAUCCCUUUCUGAUGUUGUAGCUCCUUACAAUGAGAGCAAUGUGUUGUUAAUUUUGUCACAAUCCAUUCUUCUGUACAGAUACUAAUUAGUGAGUAGUAACUAUACAGAUCAUAGUGACUUUUUUUGUAAAGACAUAUAAAUUACAUUCUCUUUUUCUUUCCAGAUUUGUCUGUGUCUCAUCUUAGUGACGGUGUCUAAUUAUUUAAUACAUUUU